AUGGCGCGCGGGGCUUCGGAGGCGCGGGACGACGGCGCGCGCGAUCGCGGGAAGGGGGCACGGCGCGCACGAGGGUGGGACGACGACGCGGGCGCGCGGUCGAGGUCGAGGUCGAGGUCGAGGUCGGUGGACGGGCGAUGGGGCGAUGGAGGGGGGCGAAAGCGGUCGGCGUCGCGGUCGGCGUCGCCGGAGGGGCGUCGCGGACGCGGCGGACGAGAGACGCGGGGACGGGACGGGCGAUCGAGGUCGAGAUCGAUAUCGCCGCGCGGUCGCGGCGAUGAUUGGAAGCGUCGGCGGCGAGAGGUGCCGCCGCCGCCGCGCGAGCGAGGGGAGAUUCCGCCGCCGCCGCGCGAGCGAGGGGAGAUUCCGCCGCCGCCGCGCGAGCGAGGGGAGAUUCCGCCGCCGCCGCCGAGCGAGGGCUUUGGACGAACGGUCGAGGUCCCGCCACCGCCCCCGUCGUCGUCCGACCUCGCCGGGGCUUCGAACGAGGACGAGGACGAGGCGGCGAUGAUGAUGCGCCUGAUGGGUUUCGGCGGUUUCGCCACGACGCGAGGCAAACACGUCGAGGACGAAUUCGCAAACGCCUCUGCGGUGCAAAAGAAAACCAAGCGCCAGGCGCGACAGUACAUGAAUCGUAAGGGUGGUUUCAACCGCCCGCUCCCCGCCGAGAUCACGGGACAGCGGCAAAAUUUAACUUGA